CUCUCUCAGAGCGCACAGUCGUCGGUUGUAUGAUGUCUCCUCUAGUUGCCCGCGUGCUGCUUCUUGUCUGCUUGGCUUCCCCUCUUUAUGGCGUGGAAAAGGUGAGAAAUAGAGGAUACCGAAAGGAUCCUGACGCGGACAAGUAUGGCAGUUGCAUACAGGGGCCAGCAGGCACCACUGGCCGAGACGGUAACCCCGGCACCAACGGCAUCCCGGGGACGCCGGGCAUCCCUGGCCGCGACGGACUCAAAGGGGAGAAGGGCGAGUGCAUUAACGAGAUCUUCGAGGACCCGUGGAGGCCCAACUACAAGCAGUGUGCCUGGAACUCUCUCAACUAUGGGAUCGACCUGGGUAAAGUAGCUGACUGCACGUUCACCAAGCUGCGUUCAGACAGCUCCCUCCGAGUCCUCUUCAGCGGCUCCCUCAGACUCAAGUGUAAAAACGCAUGCUGCCAGAGGUGGUACUUCACCUUCAAUGGAGCAGAGUGCACAGGACCCCUCCCCAUAGAGUCCAUCAUCUACUUAGACCAAGGCAGUCCGGAGCUCAACUCAACCAUCAACAUCCACAGAACGUCCUCAGUGGAAGGCCUGUGUGAGGGUGUCAAAGCAGGGCUGGUGGAUGUGGCCGUGUGGGUGGGGACCUGCGCCGACUAUCCCCGAGGGGACGCGUCUACGGGCUGGAACUCAGUAUCCAGGAUUAUCAUUGAGGAACUGCCCAAAUAAAUAGAAAGUUCCAUGUAAAGGAGGGCCCAGACCUGGUAUUACGACAGUGUGUUAUCUGGGCCUCCAAAACGAUCAGGUGCGGUUUGCUGAGGCGUCACAGCAUGACGUUAACUUGAAUGUUUUUUUUGUUUUUAUUGUGUUUAAAUACUAGUUGACAGGCCUAUAAACAAGAAUACUGUGUCAUUCUGUGUACCAGAAAUACACUUUGUACUGUAA